AUGCUCAAUGACAUCAAGUCCAUGAGGGGGAAUCUCAGACAGAUCUUAGGUGCGAGUAACUCUGUUUCCUGGAGAAAUGGUUCCUGUGUGGCCUCCAAGGACUGCACGUCUGACAACUCCAUCUUUGCCUUGACCUACAGCAUUGGUUUUGGCUUCCGGGUCAACACCACCUGUUGCCAAGGCAACUGCCAAGAGCCCCCUCCUCUCGCCACCCUGCCGGCCUCAGGCACCUUGAGCAAGUUCUUGUGUCCUACAUGUCCUGGGGGCCACUCAGGGCCCUGCAACCACUUCUUCUACAUGCAGUGUCCCAGUGGGGAGACAGAGUGUGUCCAGAUGAACCUGGUGUCUGAAGAAGGCGGCCGGAACCUGAGCGUGCGCGGCUGCGGCACCCGCGACCUGUGCCAGAUCGGGGGGCUCCCGACGCUCCCCGGCCACCGGCUGGCGCGCUGGCCGGUCUGCAGCACUUCCCAACGCGCCGUCCUGGACUCCGAGUGCCACUCGGGCGCAGCGCCUGGCCCCCGCCUUGCCCUGCCUGUGCUGAUGGUCGCCCUGGGCACCGUGGCCCGCUCCUGAGCCAUCCGACCCGGACCCCCGACCCCCUCCCCGGA